GGAUAAAAUAGACAAAGGCGCCCGGAAAUAUAGGGGGUUGUGCAAAAAAGCGAAUUUUAUUCACUUCUACUUUUGUUAUUUUUUCCCCCUUUUUUUUCUCCUAAUUUUAUCCAACAACUCACUCUCCCAUUUUUACUCAUUACACCACUCACUCUCUAUCACGCACUUUCUCUCUCCUCUGCCACACUUCACAGGCUGCUGCCCCCCGUCUUUCUCUCUCCUCAGCAGCGCGCAUCAGCAGCAGCAGCGCGCAGCAGUAGCAACAGUCUGUGCACUGCAAACAAAGCAACACUCUUUGGCAGAUCAAAACAAUAUAAUGUCCAAAAUUACAUAAAGAUAAAACUUACCCACAAAAAAUAUCCCAAAUAACCCAUCAAUUUAAAUCAUACCCAUUUCUUAAAAUUGAAAAUUAAUCAACCCCUUUUGAUUUGACACCUUAAAUCUCAAAAAUCAAAACCCCCCCUCUUCAGUUCUGUUCCUAGAGAGAGAAAGUAAUAAAAAUCAAAACUUUCUAGAGAGAGAAAGUGUGUUCUUCUUUUAGCAAUUCUGUGGGUUUUCAGUUAGGUACCUGUCUUACCUAAGUUUAAACCCCUUGUAGCAAUUUUCACAAUCUCCCAUUUUACCCUUGUUUCUCUCUCUAGAAUUCUUCACUUUCUCUCUCUAGAAUUCUGCCAUGAUGGGUGUCUUAAUCGACUUGAACACUGUUAAUGAAGAUGAAGAAGAUAACAACAACAGCAACAAUAGUAGCGGCAACAAUUACCAAAAUACCCUCCAAAAUCUCUGUGCUUCAUCUUCAUCAUCUGUUUGUAUGGAGCUAUGGCAUGCUUGUGCUGGCCCACUCAUCUCUUUGCCCAAAAAGGGUAGUUUGGUAGUUUACUUGCCUCAAGGUCACCUUGAAGAACAAAAUCAGCAAAAUAAUUUGCCAGAAUUUGAUUUUUCAAGUGGGAUUAUUAAUACUAAUAAUAAUAUUAGUAGUAAUAAUAUUUAUAAUCAUACUUUUGAUUCCCACCAAAACAAUAUUCCUCCUCACGUGUUCUGUCGUGUUCUUGAUGUCAAGCUUCAUGCGGAGGUUGCAACAGAUGAGGUCUAUGCUCAAGUUUCUCUAAUCCCAGAGAGCCAGUUUGAGGAGAAAUUGAAAGAGAGUGAGACUGAUGUGGAUGGAGAUGAAGAGGAUUUUGAGGACAUUGUCAAGUCCACAACACCUCAUAUGUUCUGCAAGACUCUAACUGCUUCGGAUACCAGCACUCAUGGUGGAUUCUCUGUCCCUCGCCGUGCUGCGGAGGAUUGCUUUCCUCCCCUGGAUUACAAGCAGCAGAGGCCAUCUCAGGAGCUGGUUGCAAAGGAUUUGCAUGGAUUAGAGUGGAGGUUUAGGCACAUUUACAGAGGCCAGCCGAGGAGGCAUUUGCUCACAACUGGGUGGAGUGCUUUUGUGAAUAAGAAGAAGCUAGUCUCUGGAGAUGCAGUGCUCUUCCUCAGAGGCGCCGAUGGAGAGCUGAGGUUAGGAAUCCGAAGAGCAGUUCAGCUGAAAGGACCAACCUCUUUUUCUGCUCUCCCCACUAGACCAAUGAGCAACAACAGUGUGUCGGCUGCAUUUGACGCAAUAUCUUCUGGACGUGUUUUCAAUGUCUGCUAUAACCCAAGGGCAAGCUCGUCUGAGUUUGUUGUACCACUCCGGAGGUUCUUGAAGAGUUUGGAUACUUCUUUCAAUGUAGGAAUGAGGUUCAAAAUGCGCUUUGAGGCAGAAGAUGCUGGUGAAAGAAGGUACACCGGAGUGGUCACUGGAAUUGCUGAGUUGGAUCCAAUGAGAUGGUCUGGUUCGAAAUGGAGAUGCUUAAUGGUAAGGUGGGAUGAUGUAGAGGUGAAUCGCCAUGGCAGAGUUUCUCCUUGGGAGAUUGAGCCAACCGGUUCUUUUCCCAGUCCCAGUAGCUUAAUGGCAUCUGGUCUAAAGAGGAGCAGAAUUGGUUUGCCAUUAACAAAACCAGAAUUUCCAAUUCCAAGUGGAGUUGGAAUGCCAGACUUCGGAGAAUCCAUGGGAUUCCGGAAGGUCUUGCAAGGUCAAGAAAAAUUGGGUUCUCGUUCUGCCUGUGAUGGUAAUGACAACCCUCAUCUUUCCUCAUCUGAUCCAGGAAGAUGCUAUCCUAGCUCCAUUCCUCCAGGUGAUUUUGGCAGAACUGCCAAAGGCAUAGGCUUCAGGGAAUCAUUCCAAUUCCAAAAGGUCUUGCAAGGUCAAGAAAUACGCCAUCUUAGUCCGGCUCAAGUCGAUGGUUUUACAUCUUCAGCCAACCGGGGGCAUGAGGGUGGUGGACCCCUUGAGAUUUACGAGGGUGUGCAAGUGCCUAACUGUGGAAAUGGAUGGCUAAAAGCACAAGUGUCUUCACCAUCCUCAGUAUUAAUGUUCCCACAUCCAAGCAUUCAACAAGCUAGGAGCUUCAGAUCGCCCAUAUGUCAACCCAGGCUGAUGAGUAUGGAACAUAUGAAUUAUUCUGGUGUUCCUGCAUACAAUUCUCUCUCGAAAGCAAGUGAUGAGUUGGUUCCUGCCGGUAAAGCCAGCUGCAGGUUAUUUGGUUUUUCGCUCACUGAGGGCGAACACAGGGUGGUUAAAGAGAGAAACCAUAACAGCUCGUUUCCACCUCCUGAGACUUCGUUUUGGCCUCUCGUUGAAGGGCAGCCAUGCUACAAGUCUCCAUCUGUGACUAAAGUUGGGAGCAAUUGUCCCGGAGCAAACGAUCUAUAUGCUGUAAGAGAUAUGCUUCUUGAUAUUGCUCUUUAAACAGAAAGAAGCUGGCUUUUACAAGAUCCAGUUCACUUUGCGGCUUUGAACCAUUAACAAUGGUUCGAUGGCCUAGUGACAGUUUAGUAGGAAGAACUUCAAAAUGCUUUGGCUAUAAUAUUGGUAAUUAAGUCACUGAUGGAAAAAAAAAAAAAAAUCUCAAGAUAUUUGCUCAAGUUGUUUUGUAUUCAAAAGAAUGAUUUGUAAUUGUCUUACUUGCUUUUUAGUUUAGACCAAACCUUAUGAUGCAUGUAUGAAUUUUUUCCCUUCAAGAUUUGAUUGUAAUUUUAAUCACACGAUUUCUUCCCGGAUAAUUAUGCUGUGUACAGAUUAUUGUGCAACAGCAUACAGCAGUGUAGCAAA